AUGCCAGACGGAAGGGAAAACGACGCUCAACAAGCAGCGGCAGCGGGCCGGCAAAAUGACGCCAGCUUUUUCAACCCGUUCGCCGUCGAACUGCCAGAGAAGUUGGAUUUCCGAGACCCGAAUGAAUGGAAACGUUGGAUCGCAAGGUGGUGCGGCAGUACACAGCAGCAUUUCAAGAAGCAGUGUCCAGCCUUCGGAAAGCUCUGCAACAACUGUGGGAAAACUGGUCACUAUGCAAAAGUAUGCUUGUCGGGACGCCAGCAACCUAUAGGGCAAAGGGCGUUCGGAUCCAGCACAAAGAAAUCAAGGACAGCAAACACGGAGGAAGUGUUUCUUGGUGAGGUCAGCGAGACAGACACCCUGGAACCCGAGGCAAGACCAGAGUUCUCCCAACUCUUCACAGGACUUGGUAAAAUGAAAACUGUCUACAAGGUGACACUCAAAGCAAAUGCUACGCCGUAUGCAGUGACAACGCCUCGACGAGUGGCUGUUCCACUCCAGCCUAAAGUCGAACAAGAACUACGGAGAAUGAAGGAUCUUGGAGUGAUCCAGCAGGUUUACCAUGCGACACCAUGGUGUGCACCUAUGGUCAUUUCAGCGAAACAGAAUGGAGAGAUCAGAAUCUGCAUUGACUACACUGAAUUGAACCGCCAGCUGAUCCGGGAAAGGGUCAUCAUGCCUACAGUUGAAGAAAACUUGGCGAAGCUGGCCAAUGCAAAAGUUUUCAGCAAGCUUGAUGCAAAUUCUGGCUACUGGCAGACACCCCUCGCACCAGAGUCGCAGGACUUGACCACAUUUAUCACGCCGUUUGGGAGAUUUCAGUUCCUGCGAUUACCUUUUGGCAUUGCGACAGCGCCAGAGUUCUUUCAGCGAGAGAUGCUUCGCAUUCUUGAGGGACUCCCCGGAAUAGCAUGCCACCAGGACGACGUCGUCGUUUAUGGGAAGAACCAGGUGGAGCACAACGCAAACCUCACAGCACUGCUUCAGAGGCUCAAGGGCGCAGGAAUGACUCUAAAUCCACACAAGUGUGAAUUCAGCAAAAGAAGAGUCAAGUUUCUCGGGCACAUCUUGAAUGAAGCGGGUAUCGCUGGUGACCAGGAGAAAACUGAAGCCAUCAGAAAGAUGCCACUGCCAGAGAACACCACCGAGCUCAGGUCGUUCCUGGGCAUGGUCAACCAGCUGGCAAAAUUUCUCCCGGGACUGGCCGAGAAUACAAAACCUUUGCGAGACCUGCUGCUGGAUGAAGCAGUUUGGGUUUGGCACCAGACUCAACAAGAAGCCUUCUAUCGGGUCAAGGAUGACCUAACGACAAAACCAGUGUUGUGCUACUACGAUUCACAAAGGCCUCUGACGAUAUCAGCUGAUGCCUCCUCCUAUGGCUUGGGAGCUGUUCUGCUCCAAACAAAUGACGGCAAGCGGCAGCCAGUGGCAUACGCUUCCAGGGCAAUGACACCGACAGAACAAAAGUAUGCUCAGGUGGAGAAGGAGGCACUUGCCAUAACAUGGGCGUGUGAACGUUUCAGGAUGUAUGUGCUCGGUCUGCAGUUCAGUAUAGAGACUGAUCACAAACCCUUGGUGCCUUUGUUCUCAACAAAACGCAUUGACGAAAUGACACCACGACUGCAGCGCUUUCGCAUGCGUGUGCUUGAGUAUGACUUCACGAUUUCACACAUACCAGGAAAGGACAUGCACACAGCUGAUGUCUUGUCGCGCAAACCGCUGCAGUGCUCCGGCAAACACCUUGCAUCCGUCAUAGAAGAGUAUGAACUUCUGACCAUUGAGCAGCUGCCAGCAUCAACUGAGAUGCUGAACAGGUCCAAGAUCGAGCUGCAAAAAGAUGCAACGACAUCACUGGUCAUGCACUACUGCACUACCAAAUGGCCAAAAGCAGAAAUGCUGGCACCUGAGGUGCGCAAGUAUGCAAGUGUGGCCGAUGAACUGUCUGUCGUACAGGGACUUUUACUUCGGGGCACAAGGAUAGUCUUUCCCCCUUCAUUACGCAAAGAAGUUCUGCAGCGACUACGCACUGGACACCAAGGCGUUGUGAGAUGCCGAGCAAGAGCACGGGAGUCUUCGUGGUGGCCAGCAAUCAGCCAGGACGUUGAAACGUACGUGAGGAGAUGCGCAACCUGCACAAAGCACCGUCCUGUGGCAAAUGAAGACUUGCUUCAGACACCAAUCCCAGAACGCCCGUGGCAAGUGGUAGGUACAGACUUGUUCCACCACGAAGGGAGGAACUACAUAGUAGCUGUUGACUACUACUCAAGGUUUUUUGAACUGGAAGAGCUUUGUGGAACGCAAACCAAACAUGUGGUGCAGUUCCUUAGUAAUUUGUUCGCUCGCUAUGGCAUUACGGACAUUUUGAGGUCCGACAAUGGCCCGCAGUACAGCUCACUCGAGUUCCUGCAAUUUAUGAGCAGUUGGGGUGUAAGACAUGUGACCUCCAGCCCGCAUUACGCGCAAAGCAAUGGUGAAGCUGAGAGAGCAGUCCAGACUGCCAAGAACAUCAUCCGUGAAUCCACGAAUGUUGCGGAAUGCCUCUUUGUCCACAGAGCUACACCUGGACCCGAGGGUUACUCGCCAGCUGAGCUUCUCAUGGGCCGCAAGCUCAAAACAAACGUCCCUACUCUGCCUGAAAUACUUGAGCCCAAGUGGGAAUACCAGAAUCAGUUCCAGGCAAAACAAUGA